AUGCUAGGUUCAUUAAUGUGCAAUGAGAGGAAACCAAGUUGUGAUUAUUGUAUUCAUACUAAUAGGGAAUGUGUGUAUCCCACUUCAAUCGAUACCAAGAACACCAAUUAUACUCCAACACAAUCACAACUAAUUCAACAAGGAACAACAACCCCAGUUCAAAUACAAAGACAAACCGACUCACAAAUUCUAAACUUCGUAAACCAAACAUCAUCUGCAUUUUUAACCACUGAGAGUAACUCAUCAACUCCAAUAUCAAAUAUAUCAGACGAAAUUUCCCAACACUACAUACUUCCACACCGACCUUAUUCACAAGUUCAACAAUUUCUUUUUAAACAAAAUCCACCGAAGAAGAACGGUGAGACAGAUCUUAUUGAUAUAAAAAGAUCAACACCCUCGGUUGAUAAUUUAACUAAAACUCUACUAUUAAAUCAACCUUCAUCUAUGUUAGGAAUACUGAAAUUUGAAUUAAGAUUAUUAAAAUAUUUUGAUGAAACAUUAAUCAAAGUUUUGAACUAUGGAAUAAAUGAACCAAUAUUUGAUGCAUGGAAAUAUAAAGUACCUUAUCUAUUCUUAGAGAGUGAUUUAGUCAAAAGAUCACUCUUUGCAUUUACUGCAGUAUUGUUGGGAGAGAAAAAAAAUUUAGAUGUUCUACAAGGUGAAGAUAAUAAUCAAAUUACAAGUUUUAAACCUGAAAGAGAUCAUCAAUAUGAUUUAGAUCUUAAUUCAAAUACAAAUUUUUUUAAAAUGACAACUACCUAUUUUUUAAAUUCAUUAGAACAAGCUCAAAUUAAAAUAGAUGAAGCUAAAAUAUUAUCUGAAAAUUCAUAUUUCCAAAAUUCAAACAUUGCAAAAGAAUUAUUUGUUUCAAGCUUAUUAAUCUUUUCAUUUUUAAGUUCUCAACCUUAUGGACUAAUAAAAUUAAUUAGUUUUGAAGAAGGUGAAACUGAUUUAAUUUCAAUAGGUAGUGGAACAAGAAGUGUUUUUCUGAAUGUAUAUACAACAAUAUUAAAAUCCGAUUUUGCAGGAAUGUUAGAUUUAAAAUUAGAAUUAUUUAAUAAUGUCCCAUCAGCAAAGGAUUGUGGUUUUCCUAUCAUAAAUUAUUUAUGGGAAGAAUUAACAAUUUAUUCAGAUAACCUAGAGCUUAAUUCGGAGAAUCUGGAAAUCAUUCAAAUAUUAAAAGAAGUAAUAACACUGUUAACAAAAGCUUUAUAUGCUUCGUUAAAAUUUAAAUUUCCUAUUCCUAUAUUUAGAGCGCUUAUGGAAUACUCAUCUCAAUAUAAACAAUUAUUAUAUCAAAAACAUCAUUUUGCUUCAAAAAUUUUAUUCGUUCAUGCAAGUUUAACAUUUAUGCUUAAGUGUCAUAUUGAUAUUGUAAAAAAUAUUUGGAAAGAAUAUAUCCUAUGGUAUAAACAACAAUUUGGUUUGUCUACUGAAAUUGAAAUAAGUUUAUUUGAUUUGGUUGUUUCUAAAAAUUUAAUAGUUGUUAAUUUUUAUAAAUUUCCAUUCUUUGAUCCAAAUUUUGUCUAUUUCGAUCCUAUUAAAGAAUAUAAAGAAUAUAAAAGUAACACAAAUUUGUAG